AUGUUGCCAGUACAGGGACAAGCAGAGAUCAUCCACAAUGUUUGUGGGGCCUUGGAUAAAUACGAAUCUAAGCUCAGUGAGAUUAAUCAGAAGAUCUGGUCGAAUCCCGAACUGGCCUUCAAGGAGUACAACGCCCGCGACAAUAUCUGCGAAUUCUUCGAGUCGCUCGAUGCUGGAUAUCAGGUUAAUAGAAAGGCCUAUGGGGUUGAGACCGCGCUUGAGGUGAUCUAUACCCGGGGCGAGGGCGGACGUAUCGUUGCUUUCAACGCCGAAUACGAUGCCCUCCCCGGCAUGGGACAUGCAUGUGGCCACAAUCUGAUCGCCACGAGUUCCAUCGCAGCCUUCCUGGCCACCUGCGAGGCAAUGGCUACACUGAGGGCGGGGGGUGGAAAACUCCUGCUCAUCGACGCGGGCGCAUACAAAGAUGUAGACGCAUGCUUCAUGGUCCACCCAUUCCCGGUACUUUCCGGCGCCCCGGAUCUUAUUAGUUCGAGUUCAUGCACGGGGAUGUAUCUCGCAAAUGACAAGGUUCAGGUGACAUUCACUGGCAAACCGGCGCAUGCGUCGGCGGCCCCGUGGGAGGGCGUCAAUGCUCUAGAUGCUGUGGUGUCUGCGUAUGUGAACAUUUCGAUGCUGCGACAGCAGAUCUUGCCUACGCAAAAGAUUCAUGGGGUUAUUUCGCGAGGUGGGGAGAGACCGAAUGUUAUUCCUGCCUCUACGACGGUUGAAUACUAUAUGCGAUCGGAGACUGUGAAGACAUUGAAACCGUUGACUGAGAAAGUGCUGAAAUGCUUUGAGGCUGCUGCGCUUGCGACUGGCUGCACGGUGGAAUUCGAAUGGGAGGCCGCGUAUAAGGAUAUGAAGAUCAAUACGCCUAUCUGUGACAGCUACGUCUCUGCUAUGAACGCUAUGGGCCACAAUACUAUCUUCAAUGCCGUAGGGCAGGUAGGAGGUCUUAGCGGGGGGUCAACCGACAUGGGCAACGUCUCAUAUGAAGUACCUGGCUUCCACGGUGGAUUCUAUAUUCACGCCGAUGGUGUCAACCACACACCACAGUUUACUGCCGGGGCUGGAUCUGAAGAUGGAUUCAAGCGUAGUUUGCACUGUGCAGCGGGAAUGGCCGUGGUGGCGUGUCGAGUAUUAGUCGAUGAGAGUUUCGCCACUGUCAUCAAAUCGGACUUUGAGAAGAGCAUAGACUUGUGA